AUUUUUUUUAUUUUAUUUUAUACCUCUUUCACUGUAUCAUUACCAUUGUCUUUCUAUAUCUUAUGCUAAAAUAUUCAUGAACAAUCUAUCAGAAAGUUUACAUUAUAGUUUAGGGCAGUAUGCGGCCCUUAGUCAAGCUCAAAUAUUCAACCCUUCCUCAUCAAUACACCCCCCGUCGUCACAGCAUACUCUAGGCUCUCCGGCUGUAUGCCAUCAUCAUCAUCAUCAUCAACAACAACAAACUCAGCAGUUGAUGCACAGAGAUCAUAUAACCAAUUCUAAUGCCUCGCCUCAUCUCAUGCAAGAUCCCAAUGCAGCGGCCAUAGCAGCUGCAACAGUUGGGACUCCAACACCGUUCCACCUAUCUACAGCUUCUGGCUAUCAGCCAUACCAGUUUACUCUACGGAUGCCACCGCAGCGAACACACUCUUCAUCAACAGCCAUGUCCAACUCUCCACCUAUAACACACCAACAACAGCAACAGUCCGUUACAAAUACUACCACUACUACCACUGCUUCCGUAACUUCACCAGCUUCUUCGAUUAACACUACUAUGACAAAUACUUCGUCCAUUUCACCAAUUAUACCAAUGACGCCUUCCACUACUCGUGAUAUGACAGCCACAGCUGCAUCCUCUACUCCUAUUCAUACUACUACUACUACUAGUAGUAGUAUUACUAAUACCAGUACUAAAACUAAUAUUACCGAUAUGAAUAAUGUAUUACCAGCACAUCAGCAACAGCCUUUUCUCCAGAAUUCUAUGAUGCCAAAACGGACUGCACCCUCACACAUAGCAGUUCCAACUCUUCAAAACCAACCUGACCAAUUUAACAACAAUAACCGUAGCAACGACGCUAAUAGUGAACCUCUUGUGAGGGUCACUAGACCACCGAAUGCUUAUUUACUUUUCAACAAAGAAAUACGAAAACUUCUUAAAGAACAAAACCCUACCUUAAAAGUGGCCGAGAUCAGUAAACAGAUUGGAACUCGUUGGAAGAAUUUGCCUCAGUCUGAAAAAGACAAAUAUAUCAAACAAGCAAGCCAUCUAAAAGAGGAACAAAAACUAUUACAUCCUAACUCCAUGUAUAUUCGUAGAUCAAGAGCAGAGUUAGUGAAAGCUGGGUAUCACUUCAACCGCAUUCCAAAAUCCAACAAUAACCGAUACAGUUCUUAUAAUAAUAAUAAUGCAAUAGCAAAUGCGCGAAAAAUGAAAAGAAAGCCCCAUCAGGGCGGCAGUACGAACACUAUCCACAAUGAUAGCAAACGAGGCACAGGAAAGAAGUACAUGGGCAAUUCUACCUCAGCGGCGACACAAGGUCAUGAAUCUGGGCUUGUUCAAGAAGGAACGACAAUACCUCCGCCCCCUAAGCAUCCUUUGUCAGCCUAUAUGUGGUAUCUGACAGAAGUUCGACCAGAAACAAUGCGCAACUACCCAGGUUCGAACGUAGGACAGAUUAGCAAGCUUUGUGCCGACCGAUGGCAUCGUAUGUCAGAAGAAGCAAAAUUACCAUGGAAGACAAAAGCUCAGAUAGAUAAAGAACGAUAUGCGAGAGAGAUGCAGAUUUAUGCUAUCCAACACGAUCACACGUUAGGAAGAGGGACGAGAUUGAAAUAUCGUUCAGCAGCAGCAGUAGCAACAGCCGCUCAAGCACAACAUCAAAUGCAACAUCAUUUACAAUCACGGUCUCUACAAGUACAAGCUACAACGGCAGCACUGCCAGCACAACAACACAUCAUGACAAUCAAUGGCCUUAUGGCAGAAAACGGUACUGUUACAGCUACAACAAAGUCACAUCGAAGCAAUAACAAUGUCAUUGAUCCCUCCUCUUUGUUUUAUAAUACCACAAAUUCAUCUCAUCCCACGACGACUGAUUCUUCAAUUCCUAUAGCUUCUAAUACCGAUACAGCAGUAACACCCCUUCUAAAAACAACAUUACCCAUUAUACAACAACAGCAUACCCUAAAUCCGAAUGCCUUAUCACAGCAACAGUCCAACCAAUCUCCAUCUGAUACUCAACAUUCAUUCAAUAUACAUUAGGAAACCCCCGUAUACCACACGCACUUUUUGUAUCUUCCAUUUACAUUUACAAUCAUAUCCAUCUAAUACUUUUCAUUUUGUGUAAUUUAGUUCAUAUCUUUAUUCCAUACAUAUUAUCUUUUUAUUCGACAAUC